CGCAAUAACGAGCGCGCACGAGCGGCCAGUAGAAAGUUGCGCGCGCUCUCUGCGGGGCGGGAGCGCGAACAAACGCAUGCCAGUCUCUUAAUGUACAGCACUCCGUCACGAUAUUCUUCAAGAAACAUUUGGUUUCCUCUGAGCUUAUCCUAAAUUCUUGUUGACUGUUGGAUGAUUUAAAAUGAAGUUCGUGCUCGGAGGUUACGUGCACUUAUGUGCUGGAAUUAUUAGUCUCAUUACCUCUCCAUUGGCGUAUGGAAGCCCGUCGAGGUUCAGCCUGUUCCAGGGCAACCCCUAUUCCAGCUCGGUUUCACGACAAAGGAGCAAAAACUGGUGCGCUUUCGUUGUCCAUAAGAACGUGACGUGCUCCGUGUUGGCGGCGAGUGAACGCGUCGUGGAUCCGCAGCUCGCGCCCUGUCCGCAGCAUCAACCGGACUGCGCGCAGCGGGUGAUGUAUCAUACGCACCUGAAGCCCAUGUACAAAGUAAGUUACAAACAAGUGACUGAGCUGGAAUGGAGGUGUUGUCCAGGCUACCAAGGUCAUGACUGUACAGAGUUAAAAGACGCUCCACCCAAACCUCAUGUUCUAGAAGAACCACACCAAAAUCUCCCAUCCAUUAACAGACAUCAACAGAGCGUGCUGGGACCAGAGGUCUUCUCUGGGGCACAUCCAUGGUCACAUCCUGGGCAAAACGGACAAAGGCAUCCUUUGACGCAAACAGGUGAGAUUAGUAGUGAAGGGGGAGUUCCUGGAGAUCGUGAGAGUCGUCGAGUUCAGAUGUUAGAAGAAGAAGUGGAGCGUCUUUCUCAAACAGUCCUCGACCUGCAAGCUGCCAUGACAUCAGCCAACACAAACAUGCGCUUGGAUUUACAGGAAGAAGCUAGCAAGAUCAUUUUUAACAUGUUGGGGAACCUGCGACAGCCACAGGAUGUCAAGACUGGUAGAAUUGAGACCAUCCUGCUCCCAUCUGACCUCCGUGUCUCACCUGUGGCUAAUGAGCUACAGAACCAGGUCACCCAGCUCUCCAACACAAUCAGUACCAAUACCAACAGCAUCCAAGAUUUGCACAUUAUGAUCCAGAACAUUGAUGGACAGCUGCAUCGACUAACAGAGGCAACCAGUCCUGGCCAACUGCAACCUUCAUCUACACCUUCAACUAAUGAGUGUACAUGCCAGACAUAUGUAGAUGCAAGGCUCUCUGCUCUCCGUAAGGAACUUCUUGAAGGUAUGGACAUCAAAAUAGCUGACCUAAAGAAUGCGUGCGACUACAAGGUACUGUCGGUUCAGGAACAGUGUGAGGAGCAAGAGACUUCCUACUUAAGCUUGACAGAACUCCUUGACUCCAAAGAGGCUGAAAUCCGUAAGGAGAUCCAAGACUUGCGUCUCCUCAUUCCAAGUGAAACGUCCUCAGGGUUGGACAACACUGAGGUCCUGAAGCUAAGAGACACACAGCAUCUGCUGAUUGAUGCUAUUAGGCUACAGAAUUCUACGCUUGCAGAAAUUGAAGCACAAGGACAUGUUUUGGAAGCAAGGGUUAGUCUUGCAGAAAAGAGUGCAGAGGUACAUUGGCUCUAUCUUGAGGAGAAGUUGAGAAGGGAGAGAAUUAAGGAAGUGGAGGAACAAAACAUAGCUUUUGAAGAAAAGAUCAAUGCUGUUCAACAUCACAACAGCAGUUCACAGAUACUGACUGAACUGUUAGAUCAUGGCGAGCGCCUGGAAGUCUUACAGAAAUGGACAAAGAGCUUGCAGGAUGAGGUGGGAUCUCUUGCACAGAAUAUCAAGAUUGUGGAGAACAUUUUCCCAGACAUCAAUCAGUCAGUAACUCCUCAUAGUCACAAUGGGAGUAUGCUGCAACGGGUGGAAAAGUUGGAGAUGGUUUGUGGGCAAAACCAAGUGCAAGUGACCACCAUCAAUGGCUUGCUCAAAGGGCUUGAUGGACGGAUGGCCGGCAUUGAAGGUGUUUGCGGCCGGUUUGAACCUAUGUCAGACAGUCUCAAGCGAAUUAAAGAUGGACUCAAUAAACAUGUUAAUGGCUUGUGGACUUGUGUCCGACAACUCAACAGCACAGUAAACACACAUACAAGGGACAUCAACAUGUUUAAAGCGAACUCUUCACACUCUUCAAAAGAGAGACAGGAUGGGAUUGCAAGAACACCUCAAUAUACAGGUGUUCGUGAAGGUACCGAGGCAGUUCUCACUGAGGGAGAUCUGGCCGUCCCAGCACUGCCCAUCAUGAUGUCAGGAGAAGCGGGGCCUCCGGGAACCAAACUGUCAUCACAGACCCCUCAAGGGACCGAUGGGAGCCGGACGCCUGUCACAGGCUAUGCAGGAUCACCAGGCUACCUUCUGGUUCCACCUGCUGCUCUCAGUCCUGAUUUUGUGUCUGCACAGAUCCCAUUAAAGGCGGUUCAGAUGGCCGCAGGAGAAGGACGAUUAAUAACACACGUGUCGUUUUCGUCCGGUUUGACGUUGGUGCCGUUUCCUGGACAAAUUGGCAUCAUCCGAUUCAACAAAGUUCUGUUGAAUGAUGGAGGACAUUACCAUCCUCAAACAGGUGUGUUCACUGUGCCCAUGGAUGGGCGGUACUUGCUCAGUGCUGUGCUAACUGCUCAGACGGGAGAGGGAGUGGAGGCUUUUCUCUCCGUAGCCAAUCGAAACAUUCAGAAGCUUUACACAGCUGGAGUGGGGGGUGGAGCCACCGAGGGGUGUGUCUGUGGAGGCUCCGCCUCUAUAAGUCUCGCACUUCAUUUAAAGCGGGGUCAGAGGGCAGGGCUUGUGCUGACAGCAGGGAAACUCGCAAUUUCAUCAUCCAGUGAAAUUCUGUCUUCAUUCAGCGGCAUGCUGCUUUACCCGGCAGUAGCCAAACGAUAACCCACUACAGAGGGGGACAAAAGUCUGAGUCCACAUUGAAAAUCUGGGAUGCAAAAUCAAAUUUAAGCCUGUAAAGAAUCAAAGUAUGUUAACUCCUUUGUAAAGAUUACGGUGCACAAAAGAUGUUCUUUGGAAUAUUUGUCAAAUCACGCAUAACACGAUCAUCAGGUUUUGUGCACGCUGUUAUUAAAGCAAAAGGACUUACCAAAUACUGGCAUUCUCAAAUUCAUAAAUAAUAUCAUUUGUAAUGAAAAGGAUUGUAUACAUUUUGAAACAAGCAAAAGAGCAGCAUUUUCACUAGCGGUCUCAGACGUUUUGACCUCACUGUCAUAUCCAGAAAUGAGCUGCUCAAGGGGCUGUAAAGAAAAUGAAAUAUGAGACACGAGAAUAAAUUGCUUCGGGAAAGAAUGAAGAUCCAUUUCUAAACAAAUCCUAUAAUGUUUUAUAAAUAUAUACAUUAAGAAAGGGAAAGGCAGUCUCUCAAAUUAGAAGACCGCAUGCAGUCCAAAUCCAAACCCAAGAUGGAUUCCUCCAGGAUCUCAUUUAGAGCAUCUUUAGAAUAAUUUAGCAGUCUGACGUUUCAUGCGCUUGAUUCUGAAAGCUAAUCUGUCAACAAUAGUCUCUUUUCCCUUAUUACAUAAUGCUUCAUGACUUUUAACAUGUGUUUAGAUGUCACAUUCACGAAAGACGUUUUAUGCAAAGGACAUACUGUGUAUUUUGUCAAUGGCACAAUCAUUUGUACACAAGACGACUGUACACAGAAGGCAUUUCUGUUAACAUUAAAAUAGCUGCUGUUCUUUGAAUCCAACAAUCUAUAAAAAUAGUAACAUUAUAUAAACAACCCAAAUCUGGGUAUUUAAUCAAUAGUUUUUUAUUAAGGAAAAUGGGACAUGAAACUAGUUUUAUAUUUGAAUACUCUCUUCAUAAUGUUAUAUCUUCUGUGCAGAAGAUGCAUUUAUAACUGGUCAAAGUUACACACUGCAACAAAGUGAAUCAGAAUGUGAGAACUUCUGCAGGACUGUAUGUGCCAAUACACUUUCUUUAAAAAAUAAAAUGAUUUUCAUCCUACAAUCCUGUCUUUGUGGUU